AUGACUGUCAGGAUCUUCUUCUUCUCUCUAUUUCUUCUCUCAUGGGUUCCUCUAAAUUUUGCAGAGGAGGUGUUAGUUAAGGUUAAAAGUGUUAACACAAUUGCUCAUACAGAUGAUAAUUUUGUGUGCGCAACUCUAGAUUGGUGGCCUUCGGAUAAGUGCAACUAUGGCGAAUGUCCAUGGAUUGAAGCUGGUAUCCUCAAUCUGGACUUGGAGAAUCCUAAUCUUGGCAAGGCAAUCAAGGCUUUUAAUCCAUUGAGGGUUAGAGUUGGAGGGUCAUUGCAAGAUCAGGUGGUGUACCAUGUUGGGAAGGUGAAGAAGUGCCCCCACUUCAAGAUCAAGGGUGAUGGAUUGUUUGGAUUCUCAAAAGGAUGCCUGCCUAUGGAUAGAUGGAAUGCCCUCCACCAUUUGCUAUCAGAUAAUGGAGCCCUCGUUACAUUUGGGUUGAAUGCACUGUAUGGAAGGCAACAACAUCCAAACAAAACUGAAUGGACUGGCCCAUGGGACUCAUCCAACGCUCGUGAUUUCAUCAAUUACACCAUCUCCAAUGCCCAAAAGAUCGAUUCUUGGGAAUUCGGUAAUGAGCUCAGUGGAAGUGGAAUUGCAGCCAGUGUAAACCCUACUCAAUAUGGACAGGACUUGAUUGACCUUAAGAAAGUUGUGACUGAGUUAUAUAACAGCUCCUCAAUGCCACAACCAAAGAUCCUAGCCCCCGGCGGUUUCUUCGAUCGAGAUUGGUUCAUUAAGCUUCUUGAGAGUUCCGGCUCGGGAGUCGUCGAUGUCUUGACACACCACAUCUACAAUCUUGGUGCCGGCAAUGAUCCUAUUGUCCCAAAUAGGAUGGUGGAUCCAUUUUAUUUGAGCGAAAUAGCUGAGACAUAUAAAAGCAUUCAACUGACCAUACAAGACUUUGGGCCAUGGUCCGCUGCUUGGGUUGGUGAGGCCGGAGGUGCAUACAAUAGCGGUGGUCCCAAUGUUUCCAAUGCCUUUAUAGAUAGCUUUUGGUAUUUGGAUCAACUCGGCAUGACAUCAAGCUACAACCAUAAAGCAUACUGUAGACAAAGUCUCGUCGGUGGCAAUUAUGGUCUCCUAGACACCACCACAUUUGUGCCCAACCCUGACUUUUACAGUGCUUUAUUGUGGCAUCGGUUGAUGGGGAAACGCGUCCUUGGGGUUGAGGUUGACAAUGCACCAUACCUGCGCGCAUAUGCUCAUUGUGCCAAGAACAAGGCUGGUGUCAUGCUUCUCUUCAUCAACUUGAGCAACUCCACGACCUUCAAUGUGAGUAUGGAGAAUGACAUGAACAUAUUCACCACUUCUUCAUCAGACAAAGUGGCCAAGGACGUGGUGUCCCAAACAGGCUCUAAAAGAGAGGAAUACCACCUAACUCCAAAGAAUGGCAACAUAUUCAGUAGAGUUAUGUUGUUGAAUGGCAGUCCAUUGGAGCUCACAAAAGCUGGAGAAAUACCAGCAAUAAGCCCCCUCUCCAUCGAUUCGGACUCACCGAUCUUGAUCGCUCCGAGGUCUAUUGCAUUUGUUCGGUUGCCGGAUUUUAAGGCUCCGGCUUGCGCCUAGGCAAUGGGGACUUUACCGGUGACUGAAAUAUGCAAUAUUUUUUUCUUUAUUUGCUUAGAAAUGGGGAGAUUGGUUUUUUAUUUGUGUUUGGAUGCCUUAAUUUUAAAAUUGUAGUAGUGUGGGGUCCCAUAUUGGGAGGUUA